CAGAUGGGAGGUGCCAGAAACUCCCUUUGCUGUUCGGUUGCUGCUUCUAAGUGACUUUGGCAUUUACUAUGCAAGCCACAUCUUGCAGAUGAUAAGAGUGGCUAUAGCUGACAUUGCAAGUGUGCUCAGGCGUUCCAGAAAGGACAUCUGGAAAAACUGGAGUCAACUCUCGCUGCUGAGCCCUGUGCAAAAUGCGUGAAAUUGUGCACGUUCAGAUUGGCCAGUGUGGAAACCAAAUUGGAGCUAAGUUCUGGGAAGUCAUAAGUGAUGAACACGGAAUCGAUAGCACAGGAAACUACCAUGGUGAUUCACCUCUCCAGCAGGAAAGAAUUAAUGUGUAUUUCAAUGAAGCCUACUCCCAUAAAUAUGUUCCUCGUGCUGUCCUAGUAGAUCUGGAGCCUGGAACUAUGGACAGUGUGCGAUCCAGCAAAAUAGGUCCACUUUUUCGCCCGGAUAACUUUAUUCAUGGAAAUUCAGGCGCUGGCAACAACUGGGCAAAAGGUCAUUACACCGAAGGGGCCGAGUUGAUUGAAAAUGUGAUGGAUAUCGUGAGGAAUGAGUGCGAGGGCUGUGACUGCCUUCAGGGCUUUCAGCUCACCCACUCCCUUGGCGGCGGAACAGGGUCUGGCAUGGGCACUCUCCUGAUCAACAAGAUCAAAGAAGAAUACCCCGACAGGAUCAUGAACACCUUCAGCGUGGUGCCGUCACCGAAGGUCUCGGACACUGUCGUUGAGCCGUACAACGCCAUCUUAUCUAUGCACCAGCUGAUCGAGAACACAGACGAAACCUUCUGCAUUGAUAACGAAGCUUUGUACGACAUCUGUUUUCGAACGCUGAAGCUCCGCACGCCAACCUACGGAGACCUAAACCACUUGGUGUCCCUCACCAUGAGUGGCGUCACCACCUCGCUACGCUUUCCUGGCCAGCUCAAUGCCGAUCUGAGGAAGUUGGCGGUCAACAUGGUGCCUUUCCCCCGACUCCACUUCUUCAUGCCGGGCUUUGCUCCUCUAACUUCUCGGGGAAGUCAGCAGUACAGAGCACUCUCUGUUCCAGAGCUCACCCAACAGAUGUUUGAUGCACGGAACAUGAUGGCAGCCUGCGACCCGCGUCAUGGGCGGUAUUUGACCGUAGCUUGCAUCUUCAGAGGCCAGAUGUCUACCAGGGAGGUGGAUGAAGAGCUGUUGUCUGUGCAGACCAAGCACAGUAGCCACUUUGUGGAGUGGAUCCCCAACAACGUCAAAGUGGCCGUGUGUGAUAUUCCACCCCGUGGGCUAAAGAUGUCUGCCACCUUCAUAGGGAACAACACAGCCAUACAACAGCUCUUCAGCAGGAUCUCUGAGCAGUUCUCAGCAAUGUUCAGGAGGAAAGCAUUUCUCCACUGGUAUACUGGUGAAGGGAUGGAUGAGAUGGAAUUUUCUGAAGCAGAAGGUAACACUAAUGACUUAGUGUCCGAAUAUCAGCAGUAUCAAGAUGCCACAGCAGAUGUGGAAGAAUAUGUGGAGGUAGAAGCAGAAGACAGUCAAAAAGAAAAUGAAACCACUGAUUGAACUUUGCCCCCAAAUGCAAACUGAUUAUCACUAAUAAGGUGGCUGGACUCACCUACAUUUCUGAAGGAACGUGUAAUCUUAUUAUACUGAAUACAGAAACAACAUUUUUUGAGCAUUAAACCAACCACAUUAUUGACUACAAGGAUGUAUAUACCAGAACAAAUCCCCCUAUUUACAGCUUUGCUUAAGUUUAGUGUCUUCAACUGAACAAAACAGUCAGCCUUUCUUCUGAAUUAGUGCUUUUAACUAUUAAUAAAGGUAUUUCAAAUCAGAAGAAGUUAUGAACGUAUCAGCCUGCUGGAUUGAAAAGGCAAAUCCAAGAGAUUACAUGAGAUGGUGUGAGGGCUGACAGAAGCAAAGCAUAAAUGUUCCUUUUCAGCUUUAAUCAUAUGCAACUAUCAGGUUGGAGUUGCACAUCUCUACCUACAUCAUGCGAUGUAUCCAGCCAGGACAAGAGGAUGUGAAUGUUCAACAUGAACAGCUCCUUGCUGCAUCAGGGUGACUGUACCUAGGCAAGAAAACUUAUUACCUUUCUUGUCCAAACAUACUCUUAGAUACAUUGGCCAUAGAAGGUUAAUCGCCAAAGAAGUUAAUUCAAAUCUAUAUACGUUGUUCUCAUUGUGCUUUAACCUCUAUGGUUUUCCUACACCAGUUAGCUUUGGCAUAACAUUGCUACGCAGUUGGGAGUUUUCUGAUAAGCAGCCAAGUGACUAAGGAACUAACUGAACACAACUGGAGCAUAAUUGCAGGAUGGUACUGGAUUCCAAAAAAAAAAAAUUAGCAGCAUAGUAGCAUAGUUUGAGAAUCACUGUUUGUCUGCAUAUAUUUUAAUAGUAAUUUAAUGCUUAUUUUUAAAUGCAGCCUUACUUUUAAAUAAAACCAGUUGAGAAUCCCAUUAUACCUUAAAGAAUAAACUUUUUAAUUGGGGUGUAGAGCACAGCAGAUGCAUGAAACGGUAUCUGAAAGCAAUCCUAUGCAGUUCUUACUAGAGAUGUGAAGGCCCGGAAAAAACCCAGAAAAAUUAGGAAUAAACCCGUUUUUUCUGGUUUUUCCAAAGCCUUUUUUUCCCCUGAAAAAUUGAAAAAAAUGAAGAAAAAAUGGAUUAUGGGAUGUUUUAUUUUAGCAUGAUGAAUAAAAUGUUUAAGGCAAGGUGUUCAGAUAUUUACUUCUCCAAAUAUUUUCUAAAAACUAUGUACAGUAUCAUAUUAUUACAACUUCUGUGCACCAAGGACAAGCAAAGUCCUAGGUUCCAAACUGAGACUAUAACUCUCAAAUGCAAGAGCAAGAUGCAUUUCUGCCUCUAGGGGGCACUGCCAUUGAAGCAGAGACUGAAACUGAGUGACAGCUAUAGUUCAGAAAAUGAGUCUGAUGAAAUUUCAUGCAUAUUCAUUGAAUCUUGGUCCCCACUUUUUUCUCUCAGUUCUUUUUAUGGGAAUGGGUGCUUUAUGUCUGCUUGAUACUAUGGAGGACUAGCGGAGACAUAACUUUCUUUGUUACUAAUGCUGAUGGUUUCUACUGCUGUUUUUUUUAUUGUUUUUUGCCUGCUCCUCAUAAACUGGCAAAACCAAAGAGGUUCCUUACAGUUCAGGUGUUCCUAACAGUUCAGGAGCUUGUAGCUCCAUUUGUUACCAAUUUUUUUUUAAAAAAGUAAAAAAUUCAAUUUGUAAUAAUUGUUUGAAUACACUGUACUUUUAAUAUACCAAAUGUAAUAAUUUUAUGCCAAACCAACUUGGACAUAAUUACAUUUUAUGUUCCUAAAGUAACAAAGUGACUUUCAAUCUGUAAAAAGUGGUAAUAUUAUUUAAAUUUUUCCAAAAAAAAUCCUUUUUUUCUGGACCCCACCCCACCUGGAAAAAAACUUUUUUUCCCCAUGGCUUCGAAAUUUCGAGAAAUUUUACAUCUCUCGUUCUUACAUGGGCAUAAGCCCUACUGAACACAUUGCAAUUUACUUCUGAGUAAAAAUGUCUAGGGGUCAUGCUGCAGGUUGUCAAAUGUACAUACACCUGUGUAAGAGGGUGUUUCAAAUAGUGUGAGCGAAGAAAUGCGAAGGGUAGCAGUAGAUUAUCACAUCUAUAUGCAAAGAACAAAUGUGUAUAAGUCAGUCAGCAUGACCUUAGUAUGGACAGUAUUGACACUUACAGGACAAUGAUUUUAUGUACACGGACAACAGCUAAUCCUAUAAUAAAUCUGUUAGUCUUAAAGGUGCCAUAGGACUGUGCUGCUUUCACUAAUGAAGACUUAAGACAACUACUCUUCAAGAAUGCUUUCUAGUAGUGAACCUGCAUUGCUACGACAAAACAGCACUAAAUGAAGCUUUGCCAUGACGCACACUCUUCACCCCCAGCAGACAAUACAAAGGGCGCCAGCUAUUAACAUACCUUUAUUUUCAGUCCACAUUAUGAAGGACCUUUCAUGCAGCACAGUCUUUGCUUUUUAAUUCAAAGUUUGGGUGUAUUUAAAGCAUUAUUUUUAGUUUUCUGGUGCAAGUUUCUCUUGAAUGCUUAUGCGAAAUAUUUAUUACUGUUUCCGUUAUUGUAAAACUGAUUUUGCAGGGAAAAGACAAAACCAUCAGCAUUACCUUGCUCUGUAAUAGAGAACAAGUAUUUAUCUCAACUGCCAUUUAUCAUACUUACUCUAUAAUUCUGACUAUAUAUAUUUAAGCUGUCUUUCACUGUGAAUGCAAUAUAAUACUUAAUAAAAAGUGAGAUGAAA